AUGUGACAUUCUUCUUAUCUUAUUAUGUUUAAGGUCAGUUGAAGAUCUAUAAAGAUAGCUCUACAUUGUAAAACUUGACAAACAAUAUUCAUUUAUAUAGCGUAAAAAUGUGGAUGUUAUUUAUCCUUCCGGCUUUAAUUCAAGUAACCAGCGCACUUCCUGGUAAACGUGGCGCAUGCGUCGUGCAGUGUGUCCCAAGUUCCGGUCAAUACCAAGAUCUUGGGUUGGCGGAAUGUCCAUCUGAUCACGAAUGUAGAAAUACGGGGUGUGGCGCGAUGUGUUUUCCUACAAGUGUUGAUUCACAUGCUAUAAACGCUAGAGGAUCUUGUAUCAUGCUGUGCGGGGAUCCAGUCAACAAGAAAUGCGGACUUAAUGGAUACGAUUGCUCCUCAAAUGGGUGUGGCAGAGAAUGUAAACUAAGGGCGGAUUAUGUGCAACCUCCACACUGCCCAGCGUUCCAUUGUGACCUUCACUGUCCUACUGGUUACUAUAGAAACGACCUCGGGUGUGACGUAUGUCAGUGUGCUUAUACUAUAGUUGACUCUAAUUGAUUGCAAGCAUAAUUUUGUAAUGGUACAUUAAAGACAUUUUCCUUCUA